GUGGUUUGUGGGAACGGAUUUUGCUUUUUAAUAACAUUAUAAAUAGGGCUGUGUUCAGUAUGCUGCAAACCCGGUUACUCUCUCUCUCUUUCCCCCACCCAUCACUCUCCUCCUCCUGCUUCUCUUCCCACCACACUUAAUUCCAGAUCUGACCAUGAAUGGGUCAGGCUUCCUCCUCGGUGUCCUCAGCCUGCUGGCAUGCCUUGUCCCCACCAUGCAGGCAUGUCCCCCCAGCUGCCACUGCCACGGCGGCGAGCUGCAGCACGUCAUCUGCGACAACGCGGGGCUGAAGAGGAUCCCCAAGGUGCCUGAGCAGACACGGCUGCUCAACCUGCAGAGGAACAACUUCCCGGUGCUGCCCAGCAACGGCUUCCGAGAGAUGAAGAAGCUGGUGUCUCUGCACCUGCAGGGCUCCCGCAUCAGGGAGAUCUCCAGCGGAGCCUUCCGCGGGCUCAAGAGCCUGGUCUACCUCUACCUCACCGACAACCAGAUCAGUGUCAUAAAGCCAGGAGCCUUCAGCGAUCUCUCUGACCUCACCUACCUGUACCUGGACAAGAACAAGAUCCCAGACCUUUCCAAAGGGCUCCUCUCCCCUCUUGUCAACCUCUUCAUCCUGCACUUGGGCAGCAAUAAAAUCCGGGAGCUGAAACCAGGGGUCUUCAGUGGGGCUAAAGAUCUGCGCUGGCUCUUCCUCUCUGACAACUCCCUCACCAACCUCCUGCCUGGGGCCAUGGAGGAUGUAGAGAACCUUGCUGUCCUCCACCUGGACAAGAACCAGCUGAGCAGCUACCCUGUGAAUGCAAUGAGUAAGCUGAGAGUGCUGGAGGAGCUGAAGCUUUCCCAUAACCCCAUUGAGGUCAUCCCUGACAACGCCUUCCAGUCCUUCGGGCGAUACCUGCAGACACUCCACCUGGACAACAUGAAACUCAAGAAGUUUGCAGACAACGCGUUUGCCGGUGUGACCGUGCUGAAAGCCGCCCACCUGGAGAACAACCGGCUCACCCAGCUGCCCAGGAACUUCCCUUUCGACAAAAUGGAGACGCUGACCAUCUCCAGAAACCCCUGGCACUGCAGCUGCCAGCUGGCACCUCUGCACAAGUGGCUGAAAGGCAACCGCACCCGUGCAGAGGACGCGUGCUCCACGCCAGCCCAGCUGCGGGGCCAGCCCAUCAGGGACAGCCCGGCCCUCCGCGCCUGCAGGCUGCCCACCAAGAGGUCCAGGAAGGGGAGCCGCCACUGAACGUGCUAGCAGGCUCCAGCAUGGCCCGUCCUGGUGACCGGUCACUUCAACCAUCAGAAACUACUGACUUCUGAGUCCUUCCUUGAGCUUCUCCUGCCUUCAGGAAACACUUCUGAUCUAUCUGAACACCCGCAGCCUCCUCCAAACCCCUGCUUCUCUGCUGAUCACAAGGAUGGAAUCCACCUUCUCACCCUUUUCCAACAUCUAUGUAUUUUACAAGAGGCGUUUUUAAAAACCAAACUAUGCAUGACCACACUAAGACAAACCAAGCUAGAUCCUGCAAGUAGAACACAUUUUACCAGAAGAAACAUAACCCACACCCAGAUCAACCAGCUGGGCGCUGUCUGUCCCAUUCCAGAGGAGGGGGAGCAAAUGGGAAGGCAGGAGCAUCCCUCCCCAGCUGCUUGAUAAGGGAAAUUGGCCCCAAGCCACGCAAAGAGACUCCCCUGCCUUCCCACAGAGGGGAUCCCUGCAGGCCAGGGCUCAGGGGACAGGUGAAGCAGUGACCAAGAGCUGGUGGCCCUGAGGCAGCAAUCUCCCAAAUUGGCCAGAAAUCCUUUAAGGGAAGCAGUACUGGGAACCUGCAGACCUGGAGCCAUCUGAAGCCCGGAUUCCCUCCUGCUCUGUGGGGUCACCACGAUGCCCAAGAGGGGAAGGUGGGCACGGUGCAGUUGGCUCAGGCACCCCUCCUCUCCUCCCCACCCACACUCCAGAGGAUCUAGCAGGACACCAGGAUGACAGUGGUUUAUUGUCACAGCUAUUACAAUGCCACAGUUGCAAUUCAACUAUGUUUUUUAAUCCUAAGGAGUUAUAUAAAUAUAUGUCUAUUUAUUCCUCUGUAACAGUGUAAAUGACCUUUAAGAGGGUGAAAACUCCUCUGCCUCCUAUAUAGAAAUUGAAUUGUAUAUUUUCUUAUGUACAUCUUCUGUAUAAAGCUCUUGCUGCAAAGAUGAAAUCAACAAGUCCCUGUGUGUCUGUCUGAGGGCUGAAGGGAUCAGGAGUAACAUGAGACCAGUGGCACAAAUAUAGAUUUAAUCCUCUUUAUCCCAUGGGCAGCACAACUGUUUGGGAGGGUUUUAUUAUUUCUCUUGCUACAAAACAGGAACAUGUGACACCUAAUGAGUCCUGAACACUCACAGUAAUGCUUGAAAAUAUUUUGUGAGGCCAAACUCAAGCUUACUAUAAAAAUAGGUAGCUGUCACCUGACAGAGAUCAAGCAGCAGCACCAAGGCUGUCCCUGGUGUUUUCAGUUCAGCAUUAAGAGUAUCAUAUCUGGGAAAAAAAACCUGGCUGCAUCCAAGACAGCUUCAGGACAGAUGCCCUGGAUUCCCCUAGUCUGUGGCAGAGCACAGAGCUGUCCCUGUAAAACCCUGGUGCUGGUGCAGUCAGGGUCUGCCAACAACAACAGCCUAAUCUGAUUCCCAGACCCACAUGUUUGUCCAUCACUACUGGCUGCUUCCUCAGCCUUGGGAAGCAGCAUGGUACCAAAAUAAUUUCCUUUAGGGUAAAACAAAACAGUCUUUUUCUGGCUCAGCCAUGCAGAUGCAGGACAUGCCUAGGAGAUGUGGCACCUAGAGGGCCACUGAGCCCCUGGCUGGUGGCCUGUCCCCCACAUGAGCACAUGCUGGUGGCUCUUGCACAGGGUGAUGGGGCAUGGUGGAACAGCAGGACACACUGCCCUGCUGGCACUGCAGCAUUUGGUGCUGCACAUGUGGAGGGCACCAUUCCCACAACCCAAUACUCAGACACGAUAAAAAUCACACAGUGAGGUUUUACAGGAAAUCCAGGAUGGGGAAAGAAACUCCACAAGGGGAAUGCAAGCAUCCAUGAACCAGCACUCUGCCAUCAUAAUACUGGCAGGGUGUACAAUUGAAUGUCAGUGGAAGUUUUGAAAUGAGCAGCAGAAUUUCACUUAACAACAUUGAAUGUGACGUCUUGUCUUCUUCAGAAGCUUUCCCCCCAGACACAUCAGCAGCAAGCAGGCAGGACCCCCACUUCUGCCUUCCAGGUGCUCUGAGCCUUCCCUCUUCAGCCUGAUCCCAGCAGGAUCCAGAGGAUCCAGGACUGCCAGGUGCCACUGUGGUCCAGAGAUACCCAAACUCGCUGUCUCACCAUGACAAACACCCCUUGCAGCUCUGGUC